AUGUGCUGCGGGUUGGAGAAGAGAAGACAGCGUCGACGGCAAGGGCGUCACACCGCUGUUCAGCCCUUCCGACCCAGACUUCCACCUCCCAAGACAUCUCACCUCUGUUUCACCGCGUUUGCGUUUGCGACCAGACACGGCCGUCAAGAGAUCGACCCGGAUUUCACCUCUUUCCAAGACGGAUCGUCAUUCCUUCCACAUAUUCCCACCGUCCCAAAGGCUUGGUUCCUGACACCUCGAUUCGCACUUGACACGCACGCGACAUCCCUCUCUCCACCUCCGCAAUCCCCCACGCCGUCAAAUCUAGAUCAGAUCUCCGUCUUCGACUCCACCUUCUUCCGUCUGGACUCCACCACCUCGAAGUCAACAAACAAGGACCACAACACGAAUCCCUCAAAACCUCCCACAACCUACGCCUGGCAUCCCUCAACCCACCGCCUCUUCGGCAGCACCUCAUCCGCAAGCUCCAUGUCUUCACCCACCGAUCCUUUCGCCAUGGCCUUGCGACGGACAUCCUCCACCCGUCGCGGGAGCAUCGCUUCAUCUCCCUCCGGCUCCACAACCCCCAUGUCGCCCAUCUCCCGCCAGAGCACAGGCGGAAGCGGCGCUAGCGGUUACUUCGCUUCCGAUGUCGACCGCGGACAACGAUCCCGCGACAUGAACGAUAGGAUUCUGAUGUACCUCUCUUCGGAACCGCAUCAGGUGUUGCCCAGCGGGAAGAAGCAUUAUCCGACUUAUCCGAGUGUCAUGGAGAGCGCGGAGGAGAGUGGCGCGGGAACCACUGCGUCUUCGUUCUCGGAUGAGAGAAGUGGAUUGGGAAAGACGAAGGGGAGGUUGACGAGGGGUUGGAAGCGGAUGAGUGCGAAUUUGAUGAUGAAGAAUGUUUGA